AUGAGAAAACCACCUUUUCAAUCGAAAAUUCAAGAUUUGUUAAUUGAAGAUAUCAGAAACAAGAAAUUCGAUGGCAUAUCAUCUCUUAAACAGACGAACUGUUCAAUACUUGACCAAUUUACAUCAGCAGUUUAUCAACUCGUCAUUGAUUCUCACGAUAAAAUCUAUUACAGUUAUUUCCGCGGUAUCUUCGACAAUAUUUCUGGUAUCAUACGCUAUAUAUUCGAUUGGAAAAUCACUCGAUUCAAUAUUGUAAUAAAAUACACGCGUCAUGACGAAUAUUCUCAAGUUAAAAGAUUGAAAGCGGACAAUUCGAUAACAUUAAAGAAUUACAUCAUAGCACCAUUCAUGUUCCUGAUCGAACCUAUACAAAAAUCUGUCUGGAUACUAAAAACUUUAUUGAAUAUUGAACAACCCUACGACCGUAUUUUAUUAUACACGCGUGCGGAGUACGCUACAUUGACGACAGGUAAUAUAUCGGUUGUGCAUGAUUCAAGAAUAGUCGAUACAGGUGUUACAAUCAGUGAUGCAUAUGGUACGAAUAGGCAAAUAAGUAAUAUCAUCGGUGUUUUACGUUUAUUGGCUACAUUCAUGAUUCAAGGAAUCGUUUGGUUUAGUUGGAUUAUAGUUAUCACUGAUGUGGCGAGCGUAUUUACCGAAUCGAUCUCUUUAGAAUCUAUGUACAUUAUGCAAAGAUUGUAUAUAAUAUGUUUAUCAUGUGUUUUUGUGAUUAUCUCCGUACUGAAUACGUGGACUACUAUUCGACGUUAUUUACUGUUAGAUACCUGUGAAAAUGCACAAUACUUAGCCACUGUUCGAGCAAAUCAAGGAACAAGAGCAAAUUACUUAUCGAUAUUGGCUUAUAUUACCAUUGGUGUUAUAUUCAAUAUCACUUUUACGGUGUUCGAACUUGAACGUGCGCAAUGGUUCCAUAUUACACCAUUUGCAAUCAUCUUCGAUAGUCAACCAGUGCACUUAACUUCGAUUCAGUUGGUCAUACUUAUAAUCGCUCAAGGUAUGGCCAUCGCUCUGAUUGAUGUUAUCGAUCGGAGUGCACUUGGCAAAGAACGCCUUCCUGAUGAUGAACUGUCGAACCGAAAUAUGAUUGGUAGGAAAGAAUGGUUAAAUUUUCCAGUAGGUACCAUUUGUUCAUUGUUACGAUUUAAGAACGACAAAAGAAAAACAGAUUGA